CAUGCGCUUCGUGUUUGACGUGUCUUGUGUUGUCAAUUGACAGUUCGUUUUAUUCGCGUUUACAUGUUUGACGUUUAGAAAGAGUGGUUCUCCGGAUUUUUACUUUAUUCCUGUGUUUUAUAAUGGAAAGAAAUUCCCGUAAUCAUUCUUCUACAAUGGACCGUGAUUCGAGAUUGAUUAUACGAAAAAUUCUGUUGGAUUUCCUCAUUUUGUUUUGCAUUGGGUUUAUGAUCCUUGCAUUCUAUCUGUGGGGUGACCCGUACAAGCGUGGUUUCUUCUGUGACGAUGAGUCCCUCAAGCAUCCCUACAAGGAUUCCACGGUUACUAACGUCAUGCUGUACAUCGUCGGACUUGGUGUUCCCGUGUUUACGAUGGUGUUAACCGAAUGGAUACGGCUACGGGACUACAAGGGCGGUCGGUCCCGUAACGUGCUGGGCCGAGAGUUACCGGCGUGGCUUUGGGAGGUGUAUAAAGUGGUUGGCGUGUUCCUCUUCGGCUGCGCCUGCCAGCAGCUGACUACAGAUGUUGCGAAGUACACUAUCGGCCGGCUGCGACCGCAUUUCUUUACUGUCUGCAAUCCUGACAUCGACUGUACACUGCCAGAGAACAAAUGGCGAUACAUAGAGACCUUCACGUGUCAGGAAAGGGACUCUAAGCUGCUGAAGGAGAUGCGACUCUCCUUCCCAAGUGGACAUUCUUCUUUCUCUGCGUAUACCAUGAUUUAUUUCGCGAUAUACCUGCAAAAGCGCUUUACGUGGCGUGGCUCUAAGCUGCUACGACACAGCGUUCAGUUCCUGCUACUCAUGAUGGCCUGGUACACUGUGAUGACGCGCGUGUCCGACUACAAGCAUCACUGGAGCGAUGUGCUCGCCGGCUUCAGUAUUGGUCUUAUCUAUGCUGUCGUUGUGUACGCGUUCAUAUCCGAUCUACGUAAGACAUCGAGGCGUCAAACGAACGUGCACAGCAACGAAUUGCACGGCAACGGCAACGCGCGCGCAGCCGGCUGGCCCGUCUGACUGGCGGACGAGGAGCAGCCAGUGGAAGAUGAGCCCUGACACCCGCCCAACGUCUCGUGGAUAUCGCACGAGUACGUCGAAAUACAGGACAGAUAAGUCGGACCUUUGUGUGUGUGAGUGCGCGGCUCUUGUUACUUUGGUCUUCCGGUGUAUCUUCGUUUAGGUGAUCCCACAUUCGAUGUCCUCUAGUGUUUUCUCUUAGUGAGUGUGAGCCUAUUCCAUAUAUUCUGCAAAUAUAUACAAAAGUUAGUUGGUAGAUAAAUAUGGAUACUAUACCUUUUAGGGCUUAAAGACAUUUUGACGCCAAAAUUUAUUGAAAUUGAAUUAAAAGUUUAUUACUUGUAAGGAUAAUGUUUUGUGACAAAUGUUUCUGCAGUGAAAACACAAUUAAUCAGCCAACGCAGCUCACUAUGUCAAUAAUUGUUGAAUGAAUGGUUGUGAAAAAAAAUGUCACAGAAUAUAUUUGUUUAUUUAGAUGCACUAUAUAGCAGCUAGAAUAAAUGUUUCUAAUUUUAAUAUCUAACAAGUAUUUUAAUUAAAAAUAAUAUUUUUAAUAACACUGCCAUCUAGUGGUAGAAAAAUCACAUGAAACUUAAAUUGUACAAAAAUCUAUAUCUACUUAUUCUUUUCUAAAUAGACAUUUAAUAAUGUAAAUAAUUUACUUAUGUAAAUGAUUUCUCACAUAAAAACGUGCAAUGUAUAAUUUAUUUAUUUAAAUGUAAGGCCGAUAACAUAAAUAAGCGUGAAUUUCCACUGACGAAAAGUCUGUACAAAAGACGCAUUCCAGCAGUGGAAACCCACGCUUAAAUCGUACAUUAUUAAAUACACCGUCAAUGCAUUAAAUGUAAUAGUUAAUAUUUAAAUAACUUUGCACUUUUAUUACAA